GCGGGUCUGCCGGAAUGCGGGCGGGUAAAAAAAUCUUAGUACUUGUAAAAGCGGGAUCUGCACCUUCAGCAGACAUCAGCAGCGCAGUGAGCUGGAGAACCAUGCAGAGGGAGAACCCAGAACUGAGGACACGAGUUUACCGUCAGUUAGGCCGCAGCACUUAACUAACUUUAGAGAAACCAGUAAUUUAUAUUUGUAUAUAUAGUAAAGAAUAGUUAGGAGACUGAGAAUAAUAGUAUAUGUGUGAGAGUUAGAGCUCGAGGACUCUUCGCUAAACUCUGAAGGAAGCCUGCAGGUAUCUUCAGUCUUCUCUAUGGAUAAAUCCAAGAGUUUUCGGAUCGACGCGCUGCUGGCGGAGGAGUCGCGGAUAGUGGGUGAGAACGAUGCCGGGCUCUCCCCGGUCGAUCCCGCGGACCUGUCUCCGCAGCACCGCGGACUGCUGGCUAAACCUGGCCUCCUGAGCAUCUCCCCCCCGCCGCUGGCCCCGCUGCCCCCCGGCACUCUGGCGGGGCUCUACUCGCUUCCCCACGCGCCCAUGUGCUCCGUCCCGCACGCGCCUCUCCCUCAGCCCCACCCGGAGCACCUGCGCGCCGCAGUUUUGGCGGGACAUUUCCACCUGGAGCCCUGGAUCCGCGCCGGAGCGCUGCUGCCCAGACUGGCGCACUUCAGCGGCGCACCUCAGUCAGGCCUGAUGGGCAAGUGUCGUAGACCCCGUACAGCCUUCACCAGUCAGCAACUGUUAGAGCUGGAAAACCAGUUCAAACUGAACAAGUACCUGUCUCGACCCAAGCGCUUCGAAGUGGCCACCUCACUGAUGCUUACAGAAACACAGGUAAAAAUUUGGUUCCAGAACCGACGCAUGAAAUGGAAGCGCAGCCGCAAAGCCAAAGAGCAGGCAGCCCACAUGGAGACUGAAGGUGGUCAGCUGGGCAAACGGUCCAGCAAGGCCGGAGACACUCACCGCUGCAGUGUGCCGGAUGAUGAUGAGGAGCUGGUGGCAGAAGAAGAGGAGGAGGAGGAUGACGGCUUUGGCGUGGGCCUGUCUCAUUCUACAGACUUUGUCCAGCAUGGCUCUGAGCUAAGCUACAGCUCUCACAGCUCUUACUCAGAUGAUGACCUGGAGGAGAUUGGAGUGGACAGGAAGACUGGAGUAGGGCUCUGAAGAGUCAUCUUCACUCCUGAAUCGGAACCAUUUCCUCUUUGUAGUCCAACAGCUUGCUACAUCUAUGGCCUUUAUCAAAGACUUCACUCUCACAAAGACUGAAGCCAUGCACCAAACCCCCUUAAUCAGUUUACCAGUCUACCUAUCUAUCAGCACCCAAGUCAUAAAACAUCUGCUUUCUACUUGAGCUCCUAAUAAAUACCAGUUAAUGCAGUUAUAGGCCCAAUUUGGUAGAUGUACAAUGUAAACAGAAUGUAGCCCAUCUGCUGUCAUGCAUAAACUCACAGCAUUUGUCACUGUUACCAGAUAGCAGUGCUAAAUGGUGGCACAGUGGAACUGUGUUCUCCGGAAUGAUGCCUCUCCAAUACUUUUGGGAUGAGUUGAUUAUUUCAACAAAAGCAGGAUGAAAUAGAUCGAAUUAUUUUUAAUACAUUUAACAAUGAGCCAAUUUCCCAAUGCUUAAUUGUCCAUAUAGUGUAAUAUUUGUAUAAUUGUAGCAUUUUUAAAACAGAACAUAAAGAUUGAAAUAAUAGUUGGUGUCAGGUGUUACUAUGUACAUAGUGGCCACUACCAUUAAUAUUGUGACAGUUAUGAGAGUGCUACUUGUUUUUGUGGCCAGAAACUAAAAGAUGAUAGCUAACAUAUAUUAUGUCCAUGGCAGCAUAUGAGCUAUAUUCUCUUAUUGUACACCAGAUGGGACCUACACUCAAGCAGGUGUUUCUUAUAAACUGAUCAGCACUCUAAAAAUAACAGUGCUAAAAUAAAGCGUUCUUUGACUGGUGCCAUGAAAUAACCAGUGGGAAAAUAAUUAAGUGGGAAAAGCUUCUUAAUUAGGUAAAUAAGCUUUAACAUUGAGUGAAGCUUCUUUAACUCAUUAAAAGAUUCCUUAAACUCACAAAUCUAUUUUACAGAUAUGGUUCAUUAUAGAUCCAAAAGUGGUCCUUUUAUGGCACAUCUCCAAAAAGCCUUUUGUAGCUCCCUUCUGCAAGAGUGUAGGAGUGUACAUGGCAGCCUAUAUAUAUAUAGUAUGUAAAUAGAAUGGCCGUCAUAAGACCAGUGAUGAUAUACUUCAGUUAUUGAUUCUCAUGUUAGUUUGCACUUAAUUCCCCAGAUGUCAGCUUAUAAACUGCUAGUUUGUCCCAAAUAGGAAUGUUUUCCUACUAUGUAAAAUGUCUGUGUCCUCUGUAUUCAGGUAAGCACUGUGUGAUUAGUAGAUGAGAAUUUCUACUGAAUGCCAAAUGCGUACUUUCUUGUUGUAUAGACGCUGAUCUGUACAGACACAGGAACAAAAACAGCAUGUGUAGAAAUGAGAUGCACUCUAUUUACAAGAACAGAGGAUUACUGUACAGUGCUAAACUUUCGUUUCUCAGCCUUUUUUUUCUCAGAACUUUUUGACUGACUCUCACUGCACAGCUGAUAAAUCCUCAACAAAUACUGAGUAAGGGCAAAAGUUAAGCAGUGUGUUAUUUAGUCACUAGUCUUUGUCAUGUUUGUUAUUGGUGUGUUGUUCUCAAUGGUAUUUAAGUAUUAUAGAUUAUAUCUAAUUUAUUUGAUGUAAAAAGCAACAAUUAUUGUGUCGGAACUCUGUUAAAUUAAAUGCAAAAUAAAUAAACAGGGAAAAACAA